UUUCUAGUUUAGAAAACACGGGCCGAACAAUCGUUCCGUCUUCGUAGUCCCCUUUCUUUCACUCGUCUUUCUUCAUCUUCCCCCUUCAUUCUCUUAUCUCUCCAUGUUCUUCUCGAUUUCUGAAACAGGAGAGGCGGCUUGAGGUUGCAGGCAAUCUCUCUCAGUUUGCUUCUUCUUUAUUUGUAGGUUCUUCUGAGCUCUAAAUUCUAGGUAAUCUUUGAUCUUUCAUUGUCUUUUCUUGUUUAUUUUUUACUAAUCAAUUUCAAUUUUAGUUUUGUCAAGGCUUGUGUUGUUUACGGAUUCAAAAUCAGCUUGUCUUUCUUCCUUUUUGUCCUUUGGAUUCGUGAUAUACUUGUAGUUUAGUUUGAUUAGAUUAAGUUCUGCCGCAGUGAUGUUGAUGAUUUGUGUUGGGUCAAUGUGAAGGUGAUCUGUCAAAUGGUGAUUGUGGGGACUGGGGACCGUGUGAAGAGCGCUCUAGAUGAUGUACUCAUAGAUGCUGAUAUGAAUGCUAGAUUAGGUGACUUAGGUCUAGCUAGAUUGUAUGAUCAUGGUGCAUUGUCACAUACUACUAAUCUUGUAGGCACAAUUGGGUAUGUUGCUCCUCAAUUGGCUCGGACUGAUAAGCCUUCGACAAGCUCAGAUAUGUUUGCAUAUGGGGUUUUGCUUCUUGAAGUGGCUACUGGUUGAAGGCCAAAUCCUGGAAGUGGUGGAUCCGCAUGUUGAGUCACAUUAUUCAGUUGAAGAGAUGGAGUUGGUUUUGAGGUUGGGGCUAAUUUGUUCUCAUAAUAAACCAGAAGCUAGGUCUACCAUUAGACAAGUCACUAGAAUUUUUAAUGGGGAUGACAAUCUUUAGAUUGAUCAUCUAGCUCUAUGGAUUCUAUAGAUGGAAUGGAAUAUUGGAAGAAUGACCUCAAGAUCUAUAGAAGCAGUUUCUUCUGAUAUAAUUAGUGCAUUAGAUUGCUCUUCUUUUGGCCUAUCUUCUAGUUCUAUAGAUGCAGGUAGAUAGCAACAAAGUCCUAGUCAUUUUUAUGCACUAAAACGCAUUUUCCUCUCCUGUUGUAGAAAACAAAUUUUUAGUACUUUAAACCAAACAUGUUUCUGUUCCUUAGAAAACAAUAGGAAUAGGAAACAGAAAAUAGAAAACAGAAAAUGAAAACAGAAAAUGAAAUAGAAAAUGAAAAACAAACCAAACGCACUCUUAGUGUUCACUUGAAUAUUCUCUGGAGUCAGUUAUCCCAAUUCCAAAAUGUUUCGAUGGAAAUAGGAUACGUAAUCUAAUGUCCGAUUGGGUCGACGUGAUUUGAUACUGUUCUAUCUCCCUCCAUGAUUUGAUCUAUCUCCCUCCAUGAUUUGAGGAAAAGAACUGAAGCAAGAUGGCCACAGAACUAGCAACUACAACCCCAACUUCAAUGAAUAAAGGUGAUGGAGAGUACAGUUAUAGCCAAAAUUCACAGUUGCAGAGAAAUGGAGUGGAGCUCAUAAAAGUCUUGAUCAAACAAGGAAUAGCAGAAAAUCUUGAUUUGGCUCAACUCUUCUCAUCUUCUUCUCCAAAAUCAUUCAAGAUUGUAGAUUUGGGAUGUUCCGUUGGACGCAACACCUUCACCGCGGUGCAGAACAUAAUCCAAUCUGUAAAACUCAAAUACCAAACUCUUUCUGGUUCAUCCAAAGUAGCUCUUGAAUUUCAAGUGUUUUUCAAUGAUCUUGCCUCUAAUGAUUUCAACACUCUCUUCAAGAAUCUCCCUUUAGAUAGGAAAUACUUCUGCGCUGCCGUUCCUGGCCCGUUUCAGGGCCGUUUGUUUCCUGAGAAAUCUAUCCAUUUCAUUCACUCGUCUUUUGCACUUCACUGGCUCUCAAAUGCUCCUAAAGAGUUGAUGGACAGACACUCCCCUUCAUACAAUAAAGGGAGGAUAUAUUACCCAAGUGCCCCAAAAGAAGUCUCUAAGGCCUAUGCAACUCAAUUUGGGAAGGACAUUGGAGCUUUCUUGGAUGCCAGAGCACAAGAAGUUGUCCAUGGAGGUCUCAUGGCCAUUUUGAUACUUUGCAUUCCUGAUGGGGUUCCUUAUUCACAGUGCUAUGUCUUGGAACUUUAUGAAUUGCUUGGAACAAGUAUCUCGGAUAUGGCCAAUGAGGGAUUAAUUAGCGAAGAUAAGGUGGAUUCUUUCAACUUGCCCAUAUAUAACCCAACUGAGAAAGAAUUGAAGGCCUUGAUAGAGAAAAAUGCUUGUUUCAGCAUUGAGAAAAUGGAACCAAUACACCCUACGUGGAAUUCUGAUAUAAGAUUGGUAGUCUUGCACUUCAGAGCUGCUUGGGAAGGACUUGUCAGUGACCACUUUGGAAAUGAUAUUAUCGAUGAUCUGUUCGAUCGACUUCUGAAGAAAGUUAUGGCCUCUCAUGUUUUUACAGAUUCUACAUGCUAUGAGCUUAUAGUUCAACUGUUUGUCCUCCUCAAGCGCAACGAUGCCUAGUAUUCUAUGCUAAUUAUGUGUUUUGUUACUUGUCUUUUGUUCUUGGUCUUGUUUCUUUUGCAAAACUUAAUAAAAGUGGAUCAAAUACUGCUAA